AUGGUUCUCAUGGAGGGGAAUCUGGGUGCUCUGCAAUUGCUUAUGCCUCUGAUUGUUUGCCUUCUGCUCGGUGGAUGCGCUUCGCAUAGGGUAUAUAAUGAGUCGAUUCAUAGGCAAUUGGUUGCUCCUGGAACUGAAGAAAAUAAAGCACCAUGCCCCAGUGGUUGGAUUCUUGGACCCGAUAAGCGGAAGUGCUUUGGUUAUAUGAGCAGCCGCCAGCCUUGGAACGAGUCAGAAACCCGUUGUAAAAGUUAUAAUGGAAACUUAGCAGCAUUCAAAACAUCUCAAGAACUGGCCUCUGCUCAGAAUCUAUGUGCUGAAACCAUCAGUGGCUGCUGGGUAGGGGGAAGAGGUGUCAACUCUACUAUUGGUCUUGGUUGGAAUUGGUCCGAUAAUACUUCAUAUUGGAAUGAGUCUCUCUUUCCUGGGGAACCCCUUCAAUCCAUUUGCAGUAACAUCUCUUGUCACACCAAUAGUUCUAUUGAUGUAUGUAUAUUGGUUACUAAUGGAUCCACAUCCCUCUUGGUUGAAAGAUGCAACAUGUCUCAUGCUUUUAUAUGCAUGGUUGAUUUAGGGAACACAUGUUACCACAUGCAUUGCCACAGAGAAUAUCUUAUCAUCCUUGGAGUUGUAAGUGGGUUGAUUCUCUUCACAACAUUAGCUGUAGUGAUUUGGCUUCUUGCAUACAAGCGGAGCAAGAAGCGCAGACGUUCCCGCAGACUUUCUAAUCCAGCAGCUACUGCAUUAGUCCCUCCAUCAUGGAAGGUCUUCAUGAAAGAAGAACUAAGGUCAAUUACAAAGAACUUUAGUGAAGGAAACCGUCUUCUGGGAGAUGCCAAGACAGGAGGAACAUACAGUGGGCUUCUUCCUGAUGGUUCAAGGGUGGCAGUUAAGAGGUUGAAGAGAUCUAGUUUUCAAAGGAAAAAGGAGUUUUACUCUGAAAUUGGAAGAGUUGCAAAGCUUCACCAUCCAAAUUUGGUGGCUGUGAAGGGCUGCUGUUACGAUCAUGGUGAUCGCUACAUAGUUUAUGAGUUCAUCAUUAACGGGCCCUUAGAUAAAUGGCUGCACCACAUACCUAGGGGUGGUCGGAGCUUAGAUUGGGGAAUGAGAAUGAAAAUUGCAACAACUCUUGCACAAGGAAUUGCGUUCCUGCAUGACAAAGUGAAGCCACAUGUUGUGCAUCGUGAUAUCCGUGCCAGUAAUGUACUGCUUGAUGAAGAUUUCGGAGCACAUCUAAUGGGGGUUGGUCUCUCAAAGUUUGUGCCGUAUGAAGUGAUGCAUGAGAGGACAGUGAUGGCUGGUGGCACAUAUGGAUACCUGGCUCCAGAAUUUGUCUACAGAAAUGAGCUUACAACCAAGAGUGAUGUUUAUAGUUUUGGUGUGCUGCUGCUUGAAAUUGUGAGUGGGCGUAGACCAGCGCAGGCUGUUGAUCCAGUCGGUUGGCAGAGUAUUUUUGAGUGGGCAACGCCUCUGGUGCAGGCUCAUCGCUACCUAGAUCUCCUGGAUCCUCAUAUAACCCCUUCUUCUCCGGAUAUCCCGGAGGCCGGUGUGAUUCAAAAGGUGGUGGACCUUGUCUAUGCUUGUACGCAACAUGUGCCAUCAAUGCGCCCAAGGAUGUCUCAUGUUGUUCAUCAACUUCAACAGUUAGCCCAGGUUCCCAUUCUAAAAUAG